AUGACUCAAGAUCGCAAACCUCCAACUGUCAAGCUCGCAGAGUAUCUCUUCACUCGCUUACACCAGCUCGGCAUAGGUGCCAUCCACGGUGUUCCGGGAGACUUCAACCUCUCGCUGCUCGACUAUGUCGAACCCGCAGGGUUACUUUGGGUCGGCAACGCCAACGAGCUAAAUGCAGGAUACGCCGCCGAUGGAUAUGCUCGUCUCGUAUCAAGGGACUCAGCCAUCAAUGCUGUCGCUGGAGCGUAUGCUGAACGCGCAGCCGUGGUUCACAUCGUCGGCACGCCCUCUAGGGUCCUACAGGAUAGCAGGACCUUGAUGCACCACGGCUUCAAUGAUGGGAACUACAGACGGUUCGCGGAGAUGCAUUCGCAUGUCACCGUUGCGCAGGCGAAUCUCAGAGAUGCAUCGUCGGCACCGCGUCAAAUUGACGAGGUACUGAGGCAGUGCCUGACCCAAAGCCGUCCAGUCUACAUUGAAAUUCCUCAGGACCUAGUUGUCGUUCCUGUUUCGACCGACGGGCUGGAUACCGAUUCAUUUGCCCGAUGCCAAACGAGGCCGUUGUAUUAUCGAGCAGACCGAGGAACUGGUGAAAGCCACGGAUGGCCUACUUGGACUACUGCUUUCAGCAAGUCACUGGUCGACGAGAGUCUGCCAAAUUACCACGGUAUCUACUCGGGCAGAUUUGCCGAUCCCGCCGUCAAGACGUUCGUUGAGAAGGCGGACUUGAUCUUGUGCUUCGGUCCUCACUUCAGCUCGACGAACACUUAUGCUUUCUCAAGCAUACCCAAGCCAGAUGUGACAAUCCUCUUUAGCGCCAACAUCAAGAUAGCGGACCAAACAUUUCGCGAUGUCUCCGUCAGAGCUGUAGUCAGGUCGCUUAUCGAAAGACUUGAAAAGUCCAAGGUUCAUCAAUACGCUCCUUACCCAGAACUUCCCAGAGACCACGGCAUAGAAUUUUCGGAGGUGGCAAGCGAGGAAAAGAUCACCCAGUCCAAGUUCUGGCAUCUCACGUCCAGUUUCGUACGUCCAGGCGACAUCAUCUUCGGGGAGACAGGAACGGCCGGUCAUGGAUCUCGAGUCUUUGCCCUACCGGCCCAUACUAGAAUGUUCCUCCCGACAACCUGGCUUUCCAUCGGAUACAUGCUGCCUGCUGCGCAGGGCGCUGCCUUGGCGCAGCGAGAACUCAUCCAGUCAUCCAAAUACCACGACAUCAAGGAAGCACGUACAAUUCUGUUCAUCGGCGAUGGAAGCUUCCAGAUGACCGUUCAGGAGAUCUCUACCAUGAUACGCCACAAGCUUGACGUGAUCAUCGUCCUUCUUAACAAUGACGGGUACACCAUUGAGCGAUACAUGCAUGGUUGCAUCAGUCCUACAACGACGUUGCCCGCUGGCGCUACUUGCAGGCGCCGGGUUUCUUCGGAGGCGAUCCAGAGACUGUUGACGGAUGAUCAGCUGAAGGACGGGAAGGGUUUGAGGAUGGUGGAGGUUUUCAUGGACCCUGAUGACGCCCCCGAAGGCGCCCUGCUCGACUUGAUGCAGAAAGAGAAGAAGAGAAUUGCAGAUAGCCAAUGA